AUGGAGUUGGAUCUAAAUCAGUUUGAAAUGUUUAUAGAUUUCAUUGCAUCAUUGCUUUUGUCAGAAUUAUUUGUUCCUGCUUCAGUGACAUAUUGCUGUAUUCUUCGUAGUUACUCUGACCAAACUCCAGAAGCUUGGACUACCGGUGAUGGUUUAAGAGUACCAUGUUACAUGUGUCCGAUGGCCAUAUGGGCAAUGCAAUGGGCUCUAAGAAGGCUGAAACCUUCUGAAAAUGAGAUGAAACCAGAAGUGAACGAAGAAUCUCUGUAUAGAUAUCAUGUUGGGUACUGUAAAGUUGCUUGCCUUCUAAAGUUACCAGAUGAUAAAGCGCAUAAAGUUCGGGAGUUUUGGGUGGGAAAUGAAGAGCUUGUUAAUAUUUAUGAGAAGAGAUUGGGGGAUGCUGGUUAUCUCCAUUUCAAAUUAGGCCGAACCAACAAUCGUGGUGAUGGUCUGCUAACUGCUGUGCACAAGGACCACUUCAGAAUUAUCAACUAUAGGCAAUUGCUUUUUAAUGAUUGUGGAGAUCGUGUUGCUCAGUUGUUACAUGUUGAAUUAGUAGCCCCCUUUUCACAGUGUCGAAAUGGCGAUGUUCAGCAAGAACUUCUUAUUGUGAACACCCACUUGUUAUUUCCUCAUGAUUCUAGUCUUUGUAUAGUACGAUUGCAUCAGGUAUACAAAAUUGUGCAACAUGUGGAAUCGUAUCAGAAAGAAUACAAUCUUAAUCCCAUUCCCAUCAUUCUAUGCGGUGACUGGAAUGGGAGCAAACGUGGGCAUGUUUACAAGUUCCUCAGAUGCCNAGAAAAUAGAAAUAUUGGUGUAUACUGCAGUGGGUGUAAGAAAACUAUAUUUGAGAUGUUAUGUAAAUCGUAUUAUUCUACUGGUGAAACUUUUUAG